GUCUCAGCCCUCCCCGGGCCGCGCUGCUGCCUGGGCGCGGCGGCGGCGGCGGCGCCCUGUUGAAUGGGCUGUGAGGGCCCAGUUUUCAAGCGCUGGCGAACGCGGCCUCCGGGGGCGCAAGGCAGCAGCAGCAGUGGCGACCAAACGGGUGUUGGAGUUGGCGGCGGCCAUGGAGGGCCUGGCUGGCUAUGUAUACAAGGCGGCCAGCGAGGGCAAGGUUCUGACUCUGGCCGCCUUGCUUCUCAACCGGUCUGAAAGCGACAUCCGCUAUUUGCUUGGCUAUGUCAGCCAGCAGGGAGGGCAGCGCUCCACGCCCCUCAUCAUCGCAGCUCGCAAUGGGCACGCUAAGGUGGUGCGCUUGCUUUUAGAACAUUACCGGGUGCAGACUCAGCAGACUGGCACCGUCCGCUUCGACGGGUAUGUCAUCGAUGGUGCCACUGCUCUUUGGUGUGCAGCAGGAGCGGGACAUUUUGAAGUUGUUAAGCUUCUAGUCAGUCAUGGAGCCAAUGUGAACCACACCACAGUAACUAACUCAACCCCCCUGCGGGCAGCAUGCUUUGAUGGCAGAUUGGACAUUGUGAAAUACUUGGUCGAAAAUAAUGCCAACAUCAGCAUUGCCAACAAGUAUGACAACACUUGCCUAAUGAUUGCGGCCUAUAAGGGACACACUGACGUGGUCAGAUAUCUUUUAGAACAACGUGCUGAUCCGAAUGCUAAAGCACAUUGUGGAGCCACAGCAUUGCAUUUUGCAGCUGAAGCUGGGCACAUAGAUAUUGUGAAGGAGCUGAUAAAAUGGCGUGCUGCUAUAGUGGUGAACGGCCAUGGGAUGACGCCAUUAAAAGUAGCUGCUGAAAGCUGUAAAGCUGAUGUUGUCGAACUAUUGCUCUCUCAUGCUGAUUGUGACCGGAGAAGUCGGAUUGAAGCUUUGGAGCUCUUGGGUGCCUCCUUUGCAAAUGAUCGCGAGAACUACGACAUCAUGAAGACAUACCACUAUUUAUAUUUAGCUAUGUUGGAGAGGUUUCAAGAUGGUGAUAACAUUCUUGAGAAAGAGGUUCUCCCACCAAUCCAUGCUUAUGGGAAUAGAACUGAAUGUAGAAAUCCUCAGGAACUGGAAUCCAUUCGGCAAGACAGAGAUGCUCUUCAUAUGGAAGGCCUUAUAGUUCGGGAACGGAUUUUAGGUGCCGACAACAUUGAUGUUUCCCAUCCCAUCAUUUACAGGGGAGCUGUUUAUGCAGAUAACAUGGAAUUCGAACAGUGUAUCAAGUUGUGGCUUCAUGCCCUGCACCUCAGACAGAAAGGCAACAGAAAUACCCAUAAGGAUCUUCUUCGAUUUGCCCAAGUUUUUUCACAGAUGAUACAUUUAAAUGAAACUGUGAAGGCCCCAGACAUAGAAUGUGUUUUGAGAUGCAGUGUGUUGGAAAUAGAACAGAGUAUGAACAGAGUAAAAAAUAUUCCAGAUGCUGAUGUCCACAGUGCUAUGGACAAUUAUGAAUGUAACCUCUAUACCUUUCUGUAUUUAGUGUGCAUCUCCACCAAAACACAGUGCAGUGAAGAAGAUCAGUGCAAAAUUAACAAGCAGAUCUACAACCUGAUUCACCUGGACCCCAGAACUCGUGAAGGUUUCACCCUGCUGCAUCUAGCUGUCAACUCAAAUACCCCGGUUGAUGAUUUCCACACCAAUGACGUUUGCAGCUUUCCAAACGCGCUUGUCACAAAGCUCCUGCUGGACUGUGGUGCUGAGGUGAAUGCUGUGGACAAUGAAGGGAACAGUGCCCUUCACAUUAUCGUGCAGUACAACAGGCCCAUCAGUGAUUUUUUGACCUUGCACUCUAUCAUCAUUAGUCUAGUUGAAGCUGGCGCUCACACUGACAUGACAAAUAAACAGAAUAAAACUCCGCUAGACAAAAGUACAACUGGGGUAUCAGAAAUACUACUUAAAACUCAAAUGAAGAUGAGUCUCAAGUGCCUGGCUGCCCGGGCAGUUCGGGCUAAUGACAUUAACUACCAAGACCAGAUCCCCAGAACUCUUGAAGAGUUUGUUGGAUUUCAUUAAGUGACUGGAUAUGUAAAAUCGUUUAAUGUGGUGCUAAAAAGUAAAGGACUUUAAUCACAGACAAUAGAAUUAUGUGUUCAUAAAUUCUACUUUUCUUUCCACUACCCCUCCUCCCUACGUAUCCUUCCUUAGUUUUGUAUUUGGUCUUCUUGUCUCAUGUGGUUAUUGAUUUCAAAUACACUUUAAACAAAGCCACAUUGUUUAGUGUAACUAUAAUCUUAAGGUGUUUGGAUAUUGGUCACUUAGCUAUUUUUUUUCUUUUUUUUUUAAGGAAUAUAAAAUAUUUUGUUUAUAUAACAAGGGACAUUUAUGAUUUAAAGUUGAUAAAUGUUUUACCAAAAUUGCCUAGAAAAGCAUUUCUGUUAAGCCUGUGUCAGCGUGUUCCCCUUUGCAGCAGUUUUGAGGAUUUCAUGAAGGAAAACAACUAAAAGAAGCAUUAAAAGUAAUGAAAUAUCCAGAUGUUCUGCACAUGCCAAACUGCGAUAGGUGGUUUCCACUCUUCCAUUAUUUAUGGGAAAUGAUACAACACAUUAUGACAUCGGGAGGAUUUUUUAAAAGGAUAGCUGCAGAUUAAUCUGAAAAAUGUGCUAACUUAAUAAUAGUUAAUAAUUCGUAAAGUUGAAUCCAUUGAAAUUGUUGAAUUAUGCUCCGUGAUACAUACAAAAUAGUAAUCUUAAGCAACUUUUCAGAGAAUAUUGAUGGACUAUUUGCCUUUGGGCUUGGAUUCUAAAAUGCAUAGAUAUCUCUGUUUUGAUGUGAUUAAUCUAAAUUCCAGCAGUCAACAUUUGAUUCAGCUCACAGACAUGUAAAAAUUAUGAUUGCUGUGUUUUCUCCUAUGAAACAAGUUGUCAGAUUACAGUUAUGCAUUCUGUUUUUGUCCCCUUCUCCCUCUCUUCUUGUGUGGUAUCUUUUCAAAUUGAAAACUGCUUUUCCAGAGGGCAUUAUUUGUGCCUCCCUAAGGUUUUUAUGACAGGUGAAAAGGAACUGGGAUAUUUUUUUCACUUUCUUCAUUUAGUCUGUGAUAAGAAGUAGAAAAAUCACUAGAGUGGUAUCGACUCAAUGUUUUUGAUGAUGAAAAUAAUUCUCAUUGCCAUUUUGAAAGUUAUUUCUCUGAGGGCAGCAAAUUUUGGAACCAGAAAAUGUAACUUAUUCCGACAGGUUUUACAGAGGUCUUUAUGGUUUUGGUUUUGUUUUAAUGGCAACAUUUUGACUGUCAGACUAAAAGAAUAUUCUGUGAUUAUCUUUAAGCAUCACAGAAAUUCAAGGGUACAUACCUAUUUCUUUCAAUGUUAAAAAUGAUAAGUAAAAUUAGCUAUAUCUGUAUUUUUUUCUCUAGUGCCAAAUGAAUGCCUUAGCUACUCAUAGUGCAUGGUACUGUAAGUGAAGACCUGCAGCUUUUUUUCUUUAAUGAAAAGCAUUAUAAUGGUGUAGCAACAUCAAAUAUAAAAUUAACAAGAUUUCAGUUAACAUUUUAUGUAUAGAUAUUGCUUUGUGAAGUCUAAGAAAAAGGUUGCAGCUGGAUCAGUAUAAAAGAGAGUGACCAAGCCAAAAUCAGCACCUAGGGCCUUAAAUAAAAUAGAGAUACCCCAUGAAAUGAGAUACUCUGAAGGAUGGGAGGGAAUGGAUGGGGGACUUUAAAAACCUAUUCCCCCAAGAAUGCAGGGUACUUUUACUGUUGCUGUAGUUAUGCUUUGCGUGUCUCCUUGCUUCAGUUAGGAAUGUUUUGAUGGUGAAUUCUGCCAUAGUAAUCUACUUCUGUUUUCCUGACCUGGGAAUUUUACAAGAAAGGUUUUUAAGAUGGUCUAAAGGGAGCUAUUUGAUCCCUAAUUUGAAAAUUACUGGCCUUGAUCUUCCUGGUGUGAAUCAAGGAGCUAGUGUACCUUGCUCUUGGCAACUCUCAUGGCCUGAAAGAGGAAAGGCCCAUCCUCCAGGUGGGUGAAUCACACCUUUUUCGCAGCUCUGAUCAGACCCUGUAUUUUUCAGACUUCAAGGCCUGCUUACUUGACAGUCUGAGGAAUAGCUGUGAUACUUGGUAUUUACUUGGUUCCAUUAUUAAUGCAUAUGAUUUUUAAACAUCAGAACUUAAAAUAUCAGAUAAUGUUGCAUGUUUUAUAAAACAUUUCAUCCCUUUGGCUACCCAGGAUGAGAACUAUUUUAGGUAUUACGUACUUAUUAAAUGAGAAUAAUGAUUAUCUGUACAUAUUCAGACAACAAAAUAUAAUGGUACUCAGUGUUUUUGAGAAGGGGGGACCGAAUGCUGGGGAGAGUAAAACUGCUGAUUGAGAUGCUGACAAAGUUGACUUUGAAGACAGUGGGAUAGAUGAUGAAUUUUGCUAAUGGUAACAGAUUUUUUUUUUAAAACUAUUCUAUAGCAGUACAUUGUUCACUAUAUUGCUAAGGAUCUAAUUCUGUCUUGUAAAACAAAUCCAAAUAUGUAUUGUGAAACACCUGUAUAAAACCAUUCUUGAAACAA